AUGGUGAGUCUCGUCGCGCGCGGCCUGGAGCCCGGAGCGCAGUGCUGCCGCCUCCCCAACCCCUCACCCCGCCCCGGGGAGGCGCAGCGGUUCUCGGCGCCGCACAGCCCUCCCGCAGCGUCUGUGGAGGGACCUAGAUUUCUUAAACACCGUUUAAGACGCUCUGCGGUGAGAUUUGUGAGUGCUUUGAAGAACCAAGCGCAGGUUGUGAGCCUGGCUCCUGGGUUUCAGUUCACCCGUUUUGAAGCAGAGGAUAACUUUUAUUAG